AUGGCCCUGGCUGCCGCCCUGGCUGAGCUGCACGCACAGGCCCGCUGCCCGCUCUGCCAGGGGCCCCUGUGCGCGCCCCUGACCCUGGACUGCGGCCACAACUGCUGCAGCUCCUGCCUGCGGGGGCGCUGGCAGCACCUGCGGGAGCCCCUGCCCUGCCCCGUGUGCCAGCAGCCCUGUUCCCGAGAGCCCCGCGGGACCAACACGCAGCUGGCGCAGCUGGCCGACCUGGUCAGCCGGCUGCCCGGCCCGAGGCCCGAGAGACACGCGCCGGAGGCCCAAGACCAUUGCGCGGCACACCAGCAGCCCCUGAACCUUUUCUGCGAAGACCACCUGGAGCUGCUGUGUGACCAGUGCGGCGCCUCUGCUGCCCACCGCGGCCACCGCCUCACGCCCAUCGGCCCCGCGGCUGCUCAUCACAGGACCAAGCUCAAGGGCUACCUGGAGCCUCUGCGCAAGCAGCUGCAGGAGGCGCAGAGGGCGUGGGAGCUGCAAGACGCCGAGAGACAGGAGUGGAGAGAGAAGGUGGCCAAUCAGAGGACCGAACUGCUUUGGGAAUCAGAACAUUUGAAGCAUUUCUUGAGAAUUGAGCACAACGUCCUUGACAUGAGGGUACUGAGGCAAGUGUCGAGUCAUUCCAAGAAGAUCUUGCAGGGCAAAAAGCAGCUGUCAGAGUAUGGCGCCAGCCUGCAGAGGACGCUGUGGGACGUCAUCCAGCUGUGUCUGCAGCCAGACCUGGGCCUGCUGGCCGGGCUGGGUCACCGGCAGCUGCAGUGCAGGGAGUUUGAAGACAUGGAGCUCCCUGCAGCACCUCGGUCCGAACCAACAGAGGCGCCUACGUUCUCCCUGCAUCUUUUCUGUUCGCAGAACGUCAUCAGCAAGUUUCGGAUGGAGCUGACACUGGAUCCGGAGUCGGCGCACCAGACUCUGGUGGUCACCCGGGACAGGGGUACCGUCAUCUACUUUCACCAGAACAUGCACCCCACCUCUUGCUCUCACCCCCAGGCCUUCACCUCUCACCCCGCGGUCCUGGGUGCCCAGGGAUUUGAGGGCGGCAGGCACUUCUGGCAGGUAGAAAUCAGAGGUUCGGGAGCAUGGUCCGUAGGGGUGUGCAAGGAGUCCUUCCCCAGAAAUGCACCCGUCACACCCUCCCCAGACCAUGGCUGCUGGCGACUUCAGCCCCUCACCUCCAGCUCCCUGGACCUCUGCCCUUCCCACGUGUAUAUCGGGGUGUUCCUGGACUAUGAGCUGGGCAAGAUUUCCUUCUACAACAUGCUUAACCGCUCACUCCUCUGCACGCUCACGGAGAGAUUCACGGGGAGACUCCGGCCUUAUUUCGCCUUUGAGUCUUCUUCCUUGCUGUGUUCUAUGAACGUGAGUGGAAACAUGGGCUGA